AUGAACUCGACGGCGCCAUUCGUGCACCCGUCUGCGGACGUGUUGUACGCGAACACGGACUUGAGCAAGCUCAGCUUCCUCGAGACCCAGUGGGUCGCAUGGUACAUGUGGAUCAACAACCCCAUCCUCGCGACCGGGCUUGCUAGCUUUUUGCUUCACGAGAUCGUCUACUUCGGUCGUUGCAUACCCUGGAUCAUCAUCGACGCGAUCCCCUACUUCAGGAAAUGGAAGCUGCAGCCCAGUAAGAUCCCCACCGCCCAGGAGCAGUGGGAGUGCACCAAGCAGGUCCUCUUCUCGCACUUCAUGGUCGAGCUCCCAGUCAUCUGGCUCUUCCACCCUAUGGCUGAGGCAUUCGGCAUGGCCACCUGGCAAGUGCCCUUCCCCCAUUGGAAACAGCAGGUCCUCCAGAUCGCAUUCUUCUUCGUCUUCGAGGACAUGUUCCACUUCUUCGCGCACCGCGCGCUGCACUGGGGCCCGCUGUACAAGCACAUUCACAAGAUCCACCACAAGUACUCGGCCCCCUUCGGUCUUGCCGCUGAGUACGCACACCCUGCUGAGGUCAUGAUCCUCGGUACUGGGACGAUUGCUGGCCCACUGCUCUACUGCGCGUUCCGCGGCGACCUUCACAUCGUUACCGUAUACGCUUGGAUCACGCUCCGUCUCUUCCAAGCCAUUGAUGCUCACUCCGGUUAUGACUUCCCCUGGUCCCUCCAGCACAUCCUUCCCUUCUGGUCUGGCGCCGAGCACCACGACUUCCACCACAUGGCGUUCGUGAACAACUUCUCCACCUCCUUCCGCUGGUGCGACCACCUCUUCGGCACGGACACCAAGUACCAGGAAUACCGUAAGCGCAUCACGGAGAUGAAGAAGCUCAACCUCUCUAAGGAGGAGUUUGACGCGAUGGAGCGCAAACUCGCCGCCGCCGCCGAGCAGGAGGGUCUCCGUGCCGAGGCCGAGGUCGAGCAGUACUCGCUCACCGGCAAAAAGCCCAAGUCGGAGUGA